AAUUUUAUUUUCUUCCCAUUAGCCAUUCUGUUCCCUGCCUCUUCUCCUCCUCUCUCUUGACACAUCACAUCAUCAUCAACAUCAAUCAUCAUCAUAAGCAUACACAUAUAUAUCUGUCUUCUUUGGAUCAAGUUAAAUUAGUUAUGGCUUCCUCGAAUAGACACUGGCCAAGCAUGUUCAAGUCCAAACCUCAUCAACAUCAAUGGCAACACGACAUGAACUCUCCUCUCUUGCCUUCUCCUGCUUCCCACCGCUCCUCUCCCUUCACAGGGUGUGAGGUGGAAAGGAGUCCAGAGCCAAAACCAAGAUGGAAUCCAAAGCCAGAGCAGAUUCGGAUACUUGAAGCAAUCUUUAACUCAGGGCUGGUGAAUCCACCGAGAGAGGAGAUCAGAAGGAUUAGGGCUCAGCUUCAAGAGUACGGCCAAGUCGGUGACGCUAACGUUUUCUAUUGGUUCCAAAACCGCAAGUCCCGUAGCAAACACAAACUCCGCCUCCUCCAUAACCACUCCAAACACUCCCUCACUCCACCACAACCACAACCACAGCCUCAGCCUCUUUCCUCAGCUUCCUCUUCAUCUUCUUCCUCCUCCUCAUCCUCCAAAUCCACCAAACUACCCAAAACCAAGAACAAGAAGAACAACAACAACACUAAUCUCUCUUUGGGUGGUGGUAGUCAAAUGAUGGGGAUGUUUCCACCGGAAGCUUCCUUUCUUUUCCCGGCUUCCACCGUCGGAGGGUUUGAAGGUAUCCCCGACUCAUCUCAAUUAGGGUUUUUCCCCGGUGACAUGGUCGAGCAACCUAAACCGGCUCCUCCAACGGUGGGGCCAUGUACCGGAAUCCUCCUGAGCGAGAUCAUGAACAGUAGUGUGAGUUAUGGAACUCAUAACCAUCAACAAUUGAGUGAGAAAGAAGAUGAAGAAAUGAGGAUGAAGAUGUUGCAACAGCCUCAGAUUUGUUACGCUGCUACUAGUGAUCAAAUCAGUUCUUACAACAACAACAACAAUAACAUCAUGCUUCAUGUUCCUCCCACUGCUAGUACUACUACAACUUCAAAUCCUCUUGCUAUCGUCCCAUCAACUCUGGACCAGCUUCAAGUUCAAGCGGGUGCGAGGAUAAGGGUGUUCAUCAAUGAAAUGGAGUUUGAAGUGAGCCCGGGACAGUUUAAUGUACGAGAUGCAUUCGGGGAAGAGGUUGUUCUUAUUAAUUCCGCGGGUCAGCCCAUUGUCACUGAUGAAUAUGGCGUCGCUAUUCAUCCUCUUCAACAUGGAGCAUCCUACUAUCUGAUCUAGUCGUGUGGGAGAUUAGUGUUUGAAGAUGAAACUGAGACAUGUCUCUUUCUUUCACUAUCUAUCCUACGUAGCUUAAAUGUUAUAUUUUAUAAGAUAUUGGUUUCAGUGGCUUGUUGUGACGUUGUGACGUUGUGACGUAUGAGUUUCGGACAACAUUUGCGAAAUUCUCUCGUUAAAUUGUUGACCAAUAUAUUGUUGUGUGCGUUUCUCUGUAGUUUCGUAAAUCUAUAAUAAUGCUUUUG